AUGGCUUUCAAGCUCAGAGAGCUGGGAAGAAUCCAGUUUUUCCAGUCGUCGCUACCUUACUUGAACAAUAAUGCAGUUACCAAGUACAGCCGCCAACAUACCAAGUACUGGCGUUCUGAAGACCCCCAUCCGUCCAAUCACAAGUUUCUUUCCAUAGCAAAUGGUCAUUAUGGCAUAUAUUUCACGAUUUUCAACCAUGAGCUUAGGAGGGAAGAGAAGGCUGGCCUCCAUGACCACGGCUCCCAUGUCUUGUUGGUGUUUCCUUCCAGCUCGCUGCUGGCGCUCACGAUUCCGUAUUUCGUGAUCAGCAAGGUCAAGGAUGAGGUUUAUAGCCAUAUCAACCAUCUCAAGACCGUUUCAAGGGAGUUUUUAUCGUCUUGGGCUCUUGUGAGACCAAAGAGUCUUCAACAACAGCAUUGUUUCGUGAGACACUUCACCACGUCGGCGCCUGACUUGGCGGACCGUGAACCUUUGAAGUUGAUUCCUUUGUCACAGCCUAAGAUCGAGGAGCUUCCCCAGGAAAGUGCUCCGGAAGAACCGGCUUUCGAGGAAUCCUUCCAGAAGACUCAAAGCGACAAGAUCCUCCACAUCUACAACACGCAUACGUCUCCAGAAGACUUAGAUAUCAUAUACCCCUUAUACCAGGCCCUCAAACGGAACGACAUUGCUCUUCCUUCCAUCCAGCUAUACAACAUCGUUCUUGAAUCCAUUUUAUCCAGAGCUCUUGACAAUGGGACCCCUUCGCUUAGCUCCAUUGAAUCGAGACUCACCAACCUACUCACGGUGUACCAGGACAUUCUUUACCUUUGCUCCACGACAUCCUUGAGGCCCGACAAUUCCACUUAUGAUCUUGUUUUGAAGGGCAUCUUCGAGGGAUGCGUCGAAGCCGUCACCGCCGGUCGCUCGCCAUCGGUCGCUCACCACAUAUACCAGGACUUUGAAACAAAAGCCCAAGAAUUUGGCCAGGUGGGCACGAAUCUAUUCCUUUCGUUGAAGGAUCACCAAAACCUUACAUUAUCCACCAUCAUGCCUAAUUUGCUCUCUGCAAUCACUAAUUUCCCAACCUUAUUAACCUCUGACCUCGUCAAGAGAGUUUUGGAGCACCGUGACCUCGUUUCCGGUGAUGGUGCUUACUAUGUUGGGUUGAUUGAUCUUUCAAAGCACUUUGCACCAUUGGGAAUGGAAAACCUGAGCAAAGAAGAAAUCUACCAGUAUCUCAUCUCGGUUUUUGAAGACUACAAGGUGAACACCGAAACAUGCCCUGAGCUUAUGGCCUAUGAGUAUAAUGUCUACUCGGCGCUCAUUCUGGCUUUAAUCGCGAAUGGCAACUUGCUGUUGGCCACCAAGUUUUUGGAUGACAUCUUGGUUGACUACAAGUCGUCUUUAGAAGCAUCGGCCAAGGAUAUUGCUAUUGCGAAACCAAAGGUUUCUGCUCUUCUUUCGGUUUAUCUUGAAGCCAUCAUGGCCGAAGGCUCAACCGUCUCAUUAUACAGAUCAUACCGUCUUUUGGAGAAGUUUAAUGAUGUUCCUUAUCUUCCCGAGUUAUCGAUUCAUGUCUACAAUAAGCUCAUCGGUCUUUUUAUCAACGAAUAUUCCAAGCUUGAGUUACAAAGACGUGAAGUCACCGAUGAUAAGCUCGCAAAAUCUCAAAAGUCUGUCUACGAAAUCAUUUGGAAGUUGUAUGAGAAGGUUGCCAUAAGGUCUGAUUAUCAAAACAACUUAUACGAUGCAACUAUUUUCCCAAAGAAGUUUGUCAGCUGCAGAGAGUUUUUGUUGUCUUUGAGUAUCGAUCUUGGGGACCACAGCAAGGUGCUUCGCCUUUUGAAAGAGAUUAUUGCAAAGGACCAUGCUGUCAGCGACUGGAAUGUAUCCAAAAAAAUGGUUCUUUACCUCCUCAACGCAGCACAUGCCCUGAACAACGAAGAAUAUGUCAAUCUUUGUUGGACUAUUUUGGAACAGCAGGCUGUCCAUCAUACGAGUCACUCGAAUGUGUUGAAUGGGUUUGUAAGUGAGCAUUUGCCAUACUUGAUCCAGCUGGGUUCCGCUCAGACUUCUGACAGACUUAUCAAUUCUCCGAUGGUGAUGCGUGCAUUUGCCAGUUUUAAGCUUGCGGAUGAUAACAUCUAUGGUUUGAUGAACAUUAUGAACUAUGUCAUGAACCUCGCUCAUUCAACUGCGCUUCCUUCAAGUAUUAGACUUAGGAUCUUGCAAUACCAGGCAUAUCUUAUCAAAGAAUUCGAGGAUACCGAGAACCACUACUUGCAGCUUUCAGAAGACCUUGAACUGUUCAAAGGUACUGUUAAGAGCUCUUUUACGCAGUUGGUUUCCUCGAAUAAUGACAUUACGACUACAGACAUCAGCGAGGCCUGUGAUCUUCUCAAUAUUGAGGUUUCUACUAUUGAGAGUUACAAGAACACUACCUUCUCUGCAUUGGACUAUUCAACUUUGCUUUCCAUCAAUUUUGAUAAGGGUGUCCAGUGCUUCACAGAAGCUUUCGAGGGAGGUUUUAACUUCAAUGCUCUUACCUGGAAAACCAUCUUGAACAGAAACUUUGUGAUGGGAUCUUUGGUGAAGGAUAAACGCAUUAGCAUUGACGCCUUUGUCAAGAGGCUUCUUUCUCUGUCCUUGGAAAUCAACGAGAAGCACCUGUUGUUAAGCUCCCUUAUUGCUUUCGAGCAUGAGAAGGUGAACGUUGAAGUCUUUAAAUCAUUGCGCGAGACUGAUGAAAGUCAGGCGCUCAAUUCCGAAAGGGUAUUGGACGCCUUUGCAGCAUUUUGCAACUCAACGGAUAAUGCCUACUUCCUAAAGAUGUUUGAAGAUUCCUUCCCCGAUCUUUUGGCAGGUUGCAAUGGCAACAAAUGGGUAGCAAAGUUUUUGGAGAAGCUCACAAGUCUCGGUAAGCUGAAAGAGGCCAUCCAGUAUUUGCCUAAAGAGCGGUUGUAUUCGCUUGACGUGACAGUUAACGAGGAUGUUAGCCUUCUUGCUUCCGUUCUCACCUGUCUUGUUACCAACAAAGAUGAUUCCAAAGUUACUGAGAUCAUGAAACAUUACUUCUCCGAUGAGAAUGGUAAGAGGCUCUUGAUGCAAUCAGAUCGGCUCUUGUCUAUCUUUGUGAACUAUUUCAUUCAGCAGGGCAACUAUGAGGUUGUCAUUCAACGUUUUGAAAGCAUGGCUAACAAAUCACCAGAAUUGGCCAAGGCCAUUGGGUUUGCCAAGUUAAUGGUGCAACUCUCUGGCACUCAACACACUUUCUACGCGAAUGGCAAAGACAAAGAUGCUGCCACGCUUGCAUUGGAGCUCCUUUCAAGAGAUCAUCCUAAAGGUAUGCGCCAGCUUCUUUCUCAGAAUGAGAAGCUCGUGCUGACGACAAACACCCAGCGUGCUAUCUUUGACAGCAUGGUUCACCAAUUAACAAGAGCAUCGAACAUGAGCCAGGGUAAGUAUGCUCGGGCUGUGAGAGCCAAGUUUGAGGCAGCUGUCAAGCUCUGCAAAACCAUGCGCUUGAGCGAACUAUCUGUUUCAAGUUUGGUUGGUGUUAUACGUCUUUUGGGUUCUAUCAAGGCAAGGGAUACGUUGAAUAUCUUGGUGAACAAAUUUAUCAACAGAGGCGAAACAGCUUCUAUUGUGAACCUUUACUUCUUGCAAGUCAAAAUCACCAGCGACCACGAGGCCAAUCUUCUUAAGGAAGAGUUUGAAAAGGCCUUGGUGAAGGCCGGCGACACUAUCAAUUUGCUGAGUCUAGCACAAGCAUAA